UGACUCAAAGGCACGCGCUUCCGUUGUUCCCAGGAAGUUGUGCGCUCCUGGUCCUGCCCCAGACGGAGGCGGAAGCACAGCGUUUGGAGUUGGUCUGCUGUACCGCUGUGCAUCAGCCCAUGGCAGCCUACUCCUACCGCCCAGGCCCGGGCGCUGGCCCUGCUGCCGGAGCGGCGCUGCCGGACCAGAGCUUCCUGUGGAACGUCUUCCAGCGGGUUGAUAAAGAUAGGAGUGGAGUGAUUUCAGACAAUGAACUUCAGCAAGCAUUAUCCAAUGGUACGUGGACUCCGUUUAAUCCAGUGACGGUUAGAUCAAUCAUUUCUAUGUUUGAUCGGGAAAACAAGGCUGGUGUGAACUUCAGUGAGUUCACAGGCGUGUGGAAGUACAUCACAGACUGGCAGAACGUCUUCCGCACCUACGACAGGGACAAUUCGGGGAUGAUUGACAAGAACGAGCUCAAACAAGCACUCUCAGGCUACCGGCUCUCUGAUCAGUUCCAUGAUAUCCUCAUCCGCAAAUUUGACAGACAAGGACGAGGGCAGAUCGCAUUUGAUGACUUCAUCCAGGGCUGCAUCGUCCUACAGCGGUUGACAGACAUAUUCAGACGCUAUGACACGGAUCAGGAUGGCUGGAUUCAGGUGUCUUACGAGCAGUAUCUCUCCAUGGUCUUCAGCAUUGUAUAACCAAGCCUUGUGAACAGCAAGCACAGCAUGCAAAAAGACUGAAAAUGCCAAAUCCCUACCCUGUGAUAGGACAGGGCGCAGGUGCAGUUAGCUGCUGCUCUUCCUGUAAGCUGUAUAAUACUGGGGGACCUGGCUGUACCUAUGUGGACACACUGGUCAGUGAUUCUGUAGUUGCAAUGUAGCUACACUGUUAUAACACAAACCUUGGGUUUGCUGACUAAUUGUGCCAUGAGGUGAAACCUAAUAAUGGUUUGGGAUUCUGUUCUCCAACUAUCAUGUUCUUUUCUAGAUGUCUCUUAUUCUGUAGUUGUAAUGCUUUUAUUAGCCAAUAGGAUGUAAAAAUAAUAUGGAACUUGCACAGAAGGCUUUUCAUGUGCCUUACUUUUUUAAAAAGUUUAUGUAUUCAUUGGAAUAUGUAAUAUAGCAAUAAAGUAAUGAUACAGAC